GGCAUAUUGUCCAUUGUAAUCGAGAGAGAAAGCGUUUCAGGGUUAAGGAUUCGCCUCUGAUCAGUAGUAAUCGGUGACUGAAAUUGAGUUUGAAAUUGAAAUUGAUGAAGGAGAAACAACGAAGGUCUUAGCAAAAAAAAAAAAAACCUCAGUUUGAUUAUAAUGGGUAGGAUAAGUGAGUUGCCUGAGGCGCUGCUCUUGAAGAUACUGUCGUUAAUGCCUACAGAAAAAGCUGUGGCCACAAUGGUUUUGUCAAAACGAUGGCAGUUUCUUUGGACGAUGGUGCCAAGGCUUGAGUACGAUCACAACAUGUAUCGAGAUGGUGAAGACGGGAGAUUCUUGCGGUUUGUCUACAGUUCUUUGCUGUUGCACGAGGCUCCGGUUCUCGAAAGCUUCUCUUUAAAACUUGGUCAAACCUCUGGUGCUGUAGAUGUUGGAGUGUGUGUUAAACCUGCUAUUACUCGCUCUGUGCGUGAGCUGAAUGUCGAGGUUGAUACUGUUACUGAAACUCAAGCCAUACUUCCGAGGAGCUUGUACACAGGCUGUAGAAUGCUUGCGACUCUAACACUCAAGGAUGUGGUUCUUGUUGGUGCGUCUUCUCCGGUUUCUUUCCCUUCCCUCAAAACUAUGAGCCUUGUAUCAGUGAAGUACCCAGGUGACGAAUUCGUCCGCAAGCUUUUAUCCGGUUGUCCUGUUCUUGAAGACUUGUUUGUGGUACAAUGCCGCGGUGACAACGUGACGGUUUUGGUGGUGAGAGUGGCUUCUCUAAAGUAUUUAGCCGUGCGUCGAUCAUCGGAAAAAGAGAACCAUCAGGGGUUGGUGAUCGAUGCUCCUUCUUUGGAGUUCUUGGACAUUGUUGAUUACACAGAUGGGUUUUGUUUCAUUGAGAAUAGUAUGCCUAAGAUUAGAGAGGCCCAUCUUGAUGUGACUUAUAGCCAGACUCAGCAGCUUCUUGGUUCUCUCACUUCACUCUCCCAGCUUUCAUUAUGUCUAGUGAGUUCAAUGGAUGCAGCUUUCGAUGGAACAAUAUUUAGCCAGCUUGAUCAGUUGAAACUAUGCACUUGCGACCCCGAAUGGUUGAAUCUACUUAUGCGUCUACUCAAAGCUUCCCCUAAACUAAGGUUUAUUGUGCUUCAACAGUCUAACCACUGCAUUAGAACUGAAGUUCCGAGCCCGUGCUGGAACAAACCAAGUCAGGUUCCUGAGUGUCUAUUGUCUAGUCUUGAAUCUUUUAACUGGAGGCAUUACGAAGGACGAGGAGCAGAGAAAGAGCUCACAGCAUAUAUCUUGAGAAACUCUCGUCGUUUAAGAUUUGCAACUUUCUACCCCAAAUCAACAGAUCCUGUAGAGAAAUCUAAGUUGCGCAUGGAGUUGUCAAAGUCACCAAUGAGUUCUUCAAGCUGCCAGCUUGUAUUCCGUGGGAGUUACAAUCGUGCCUCACGGUGAAAAGACUAACUUCAAAGUGUCAAUCUUGGUUUGUUCCAUUAAGUUUAGGAUUGAAAUCAUGGUUUUCUGCUUCUUUAAGUUCUCUGGUUUGGAUAUCUUGGUGUUUAAAUCUAAUUUCAGAAUAGAUCGUUACUUUUGGAUUUUGGAGAAGUAUUGUGUGGGUCACAUUUGUUUCUGAAGUUGAAGAUUGUUGAUAUAAUCCAUUAUGACCUAUCUUCAGUAUUAAAUCCUAAGUUAUU